AUGGGUUUUAGUCUUGUAUUAAUAAUUAUUUUAAUGAUUGAACUAUCAAUUGCUUUACGAAAUGUAAUUAUGAAUUGGUCUCAUAAGAAAAUAUCUCAUCGUCCUUCAACUUUUAAUCUAUAUUUAUUUCAUCAUCUUAUUAUAUGUAUAAUUCGUUGUACAAUCAUAUUUCUUGUUUGUUUUUCAAUAAUUCUUUUUCAAAAAUGUUUAUCAAUUGAAAUCUUCAUACAUUUUCUAUUAUUAUUAUCAACAUUUGAUUUAUUAUUGAUUAUUGUUAGUGAAACAGCACAUUUUUGGGAUUCAACAAUCAAUCAUAAAAGUACACUUUAUUCAAAAUGUUGUUUAGUAUUUGGUAUAAUUAUUAAUUAUUUUGUUUCAAGUCUUUUUCUUUCUAUACAUAUAACAAUGAAUGGCGAUAAUCCACUUAUUAUUGAUAUAUGUCAAAAAACAACGAAAACAGUAAUAAAAUAUCUUCAUAUACAAACGAACCAUGAAAAAUCUUUAAUACCAACAAUAAUUACUUAUGUACUUUUUAUUUUAAUUGAUUUGUUAACAAUGGCAUGGAUUUUUAUAUCAUAUAGAGAUAUAUCAAAUCUUAAACGAAAACGUUUAGCAACAGUAUUUUUUUCUUCAUUAAUUUUUACAAAUUUUAAAGAACAUGAACGUUUAACAAUGGUUAAUCAUAGUUUAAAACGUCUUCUUACGUUAAUUCUAUUUUUAAUAAGUAAUAUUAUUAUUAUUUUACCAAUAAUAACGAUUAAAAUUUUUCAUAUAUCAUUAACUGUUCAUCAACGAAUUAUUUUUAUUUAUUUUACAACAUUACCAUGGAUUGAUUGUAUAACAUUUUUAUUCUAUGAAGAAAUUAAAUUUCCUAGAAUAAAAUUAUUUUCAAAAAAACAAAAUUCAGAUGAAGAUAAUCAACGUCGACAACGAAUCGGUAGACG